GCCCAGUGUAACCCCCCAAUAUCCUCUCCUCUGCUCCUUCAGCCCCUCUGUCCUGUAUCUCCUACCCUAUUGGGCUAGCAUAACUUUCUCCCCCACUCCAAUCCCAUAUGCCCUCUUCCACCGUGCCAGCAUAACUCCCCCCCUCCAGCGCCCAAUCCCCGAACACCCUUGUCCCAUAUCCCCUUUUGCACUGGGCCAGCAUAAAUCACCCCCCAACCCUCUAGUUCCCCCCCCCUUAACCUCCACUCCUGCAUGUGUCCCAUGUUCCAUCCUUCAUCUGACUAGCGUAACUGCCCCCUCAUCUUCUUCCCACCCACAACCUUGUGCCCCUCUCCUGUGCUUUACUGGGCUAGCAUAACCCUUUCCUGUCCCAUAGAAGCUUCCAUGCAUCCUUCAUGCCCCAGCCCCAUAAACCCACUUGCCCCAUAUGUCUUGUGAGCCCCCUGCCCAUGUUCCUGUCGUCCACUCCUCUCCUCGCUUCAACUUGGCUGCCUUGUGUUACACCCUUUCCCUACCAGCCUAGUGGAAGAGCUUUCCACAGAGACUCCCCCUAGCUCCAGUAUAACCCACCUACCCGCAACUUUGCAGCCCUUCUGGUCCCACUCUCUAUGUCCCCCUCAGCUUCCCUGCUGGCCAAUCAUGAGCCCCUCCAUCAACACUAUCUCUGUCCCCUCAGUGCUGUCUCUCCCUCCAAACUUCACCAGCUCCACACAGCCUCCCAUAAACCAUCCAACCUGACUGCCCCCUUUCCCUUGAUUCCCCUAGGGCUGGAGUGAGGACAGUGGGUACUGUUGCUCUGGUCCUGCCAUUUAUUUGAGAAGAAAGCCCCCAUCCCUGCUGCUUCAGUGGGGAGCAGAAAAGCUCUCAUACAGACAACUUUUAAACAGGAAAUUUUAAGGCUAUUUACCAGAGGUUGUGCCAGAACUUGAAAAAAACUAAUUAAAUGUAAUUUCCUUUGAAGACUGUAUUGGGGUGAUGCCUGCAUACAAGAGAGGAUGCCAGCCCCCAUCAGACUACGGGAGCUGAUCCGGACCAUCCGGACAGCACGAACCCAAGCAGAAGAGCGUGAAAUGAUUCAGAAAGAAUGUGCUGCCAUUCGGUCAUCCUUCAGAGAAGAAGAUAAUACAUACCGCUGCCGGAAUGUGGCAAAACUACUGUACAUGCACAUGUUGGGCUAUCCUGCGCAUUUUGGACAGUUGGAGUGCCUCAAACUUAUUGCCUCUCAGAAAUUCACAGACAAGCGCAUUGGGUACUUAGGUGCCAUGCUGCUACUGGAUGAGAGACAGGAUGUCCAUCUUCUCAUGACCAACUGCAUCAAGAAUGACCUUAAUCAUAGCACGCAGUAUGUGCAGGGGCUGGCACUCUGCACCCUCGGCUGCAUGGGCUCCUCUGAGAUGUGCAGAGACCUGGCAGGAGAAGUGGAGAAACUCCUCAAAACAUCCAACUCUUACCUAAGGAAAAAGGCAGCACUGUGUGCUGUGCAUGUCAUUAGGAAGGUGCCUGAACUCAUGGAGAUGUUCCUGCCAGCCACCAAAAACCUACUGAAUGAGAAGAACCAUGGUGUUCUUCACACAUCAGUUGUCCUCCUCACAGAGAUGUGUGAGAGAAGCCCAGACAUGUUAUCACACUUCAGAAAGCUUGUACCUCAGUUAGUUCGUAUUCUAAAGAACCUUAUCAUGUCUGGAUAUUCACCAGAGCAUGACGUGUCUGGGAUCAGUGACCCCUUCCUGCAGGUGCGAAUCCUGCGGUUACUAAGAAUUCUGGGGCGAAAUGAUGAUGACUCAAGUGAAGCAAUGAAUGACAUACUUGCGCAGGUUGCCACUAAUACAGAAACAAGUAAAAACGUGGGUAAUGCCAUCCUCUAUGAAACUGUAUUGACUAUUAUGGACAUCAAGUCUGAGAGUGGACUGCGAGUGUUAGCCAUUAACAUCCUAGGCCGUUUCUUGUUAAAUAACGACAAAAACAUUAGAUAUGUAGCUUUGACAUCUUUGUUGAAGACUGUGCAGACAGACCACAAUGCAGUACAGCGGCACAGAAGCACCAUUGUGGACUGCCUAAAAGAUCUGGAUGUCUCCAUUAAACGGCGUGCAAUGGAGCUGAGCUUUGCAUUAGUUAAUGGGAACAACAUCCGUGGAAUGAUGAAGGAACUGCUGUAUUUCCUGGAUUCCUGUGAGCCAGAGUUCAAGGCAGAUUGUGCCUCUGGAAUAUUUCUUGCAGCAGAGAAAUAUGCCCCUUCCAAACGCUGGCACAUAGACACAAUUAUGCGAGUCCUAACAACGGCAGGAAGUUAUGUUCGAGAUGAUGCUGUCCCCAACCUGAUCCAGCUGAUAACAAAUAGCAUGGAGAUGCAUGCCUAUACUGUACAGAAACUCUACAAAGCCAUCCUUGGUGACUACUCCCAGCAGCCCCUAGUGCAGGUGGCCUCUUGGUGUAUGGGAGAAUAUGGAGACCUCUUGAUAUCUGGUCAGUGUGAAGAGGAGGAGCCGGUUCAGGUAACGGAAGAGGAAGUACUCGAUAUUUUAGAAAGUGUCCUGAUAUCAAACAUGUCUGCAUCCGUUACACGAGGUUACGCUCUCACCGCCAUCAUGAAGCUUUCCACGAGGUUCACCUGCACUGUCAACCGCAUUAAGAAGGUUGUGUCCAUCUAUGGCAGCAGCAUUGAUGUGGAGCUCCAGCAGAGGGCAGUGGAGUACAAUGCACUUUUCAAGAAGUAUGAUCACAUGAGGUCAGCCCUACUUGAGAGAAUGCCAGUUAUGGAAAAGGUGACCACAAAUGGCCCCACUGAGAUUGUACAGACCAAUGGAGAGACAGAGCCAGCAGUGCUGGAAACCAAACCUCCCCCCUCUGGGCUGCAGCCCACCAGCCAGGCAAAUGACUUGUUGGACUUAUUGGGAGGAAAUGAUAUAACCCCAGUCAUUCCAACUGCCCCUACAAGCAAGCCAGCCUCUGCCGGUGGGGAGCUCCUUGACCUCCUGGGAGAUCUCAACCUAACAGCUUCUCCAGCCCCGGUCCCUGCCCCACAGAUAUCGCAGCCUCCGUUCCUGUUGGAUGGGCUCUCAUCACAGCCUCUCUUCAAUGAUAUUGCUGCUGGCAUCCCCUCCAUCACAGCAUACAGCAAGAAUGGGCUCAAGAUAGAGUUCACCUUUGAGAGAUCGAACACCAACCCCAGCGUCACCGUGAUCACGAUACAAGCCUCCAACAGCACAGAACUGGAUAUGACAGACUUUGUUUUCCAGGCUGCGGUACCAAAGACAUUCCAGCUGCAGCUUCUGUCUCCCAGCAGCAGCAGCAUCCCAGCAUUUAACACGGGGACCAUCACACAGGUCAUCAAAGUUCUGAACCCACAGAAGCAACAACUACGUAUGCGGAUCAAGUUGACCUAUAAUCACAAGGGCUCAGCAAUGCAAGAUCUAGCAGAAGUCAACAACUUCCCCCCUCAGUCCUGGCAGUGAGGCUCUGGCACCAUUCUUACUCACCCCACCCAAUCAAAGGAACUCUGGGAAGAAGGUUGAUCCCUGGCAAUCCCCCAAACUGUACCAUGGACCUGGGGAACGAUGAGACCUGCUGAUGAGGAGGAAUCUUCCGGAAGUGAUUGCUGAUUUUGAAGCAUAUCUGUUGAGACUAAUUUCCUCCCCUCCACUGAUGAGGCUUGCUGUUUGUGGAGUCUGCUCUGCACUCCCCCAUGCAUUCACAGCCGGCAGCAACAUUCCCCUCCCCUCCCCCCCCCCCAAGAAAUAUGCAGCUCGUUUGGAAGAGAGACCUGGAAUUGCUUGCAAGGAAACACUUUUUUCUGUCCUCCCCCCUCCUGCCCCCGUGCAGCAAGUGAGCAGCUGUCCCUUCCUUCUGCUGCCUUCUUUCCGUGGGGUGGGUAAGGUGGGUUUUGAGUCAUUACUAGCUGGGUUACCAUCUUCAGGCACUUUCAUCUGGUGUUUGGGGGAAAAGCUUCUCCAGGACCAUUAGGGAGCCCUGCCUUUUUUCUUUCGGUUUCCCCAAUGUGUGAAGAGGCUGUAGGCUCCUAGUGGCCUAUUCUGUGCAUUGCUGUAUACACGCAGACACCUUAGCGAUACGAUAUCAACAGCAGGUCAGGGACAGAGCGCGGGAAAAGUGAUGCUGAUGAGAUCUGAUCCAGUUGAUUUGGUGCUAUUUGAACGUGAAGCGCUGACACUUCCAUUUCCUUAACUUUCUGUCAUUGGUUGCAGCCAUGCAGACUCACAAUGGCUCUUCUGUAGCUAUCUCGAAAGCAUCACAAUGGAUCAGAGACCUAGAGCUCCAACCUACCCCAUGCCCAAAAUUUCAAAACUCUCUUAUUGCCCAGUCCCUUGACUGUUGGCUGUGGUAGGUGGGUAGAAAGGCAAUGUUCCACUCUUUUUGAUAAUAGGCGCCAUUGCCUGCUGGGAGGCUCAGCAUAGGCUACACUGCAAAAUCACUUUUCCCUGUUACUCUAGACCCUUCCCCCCCUUUCAUUUCCUAAGCCUGUCAUAGACCCCUGGAUUCCAUCCAAGUUCAUUCUUCUGACUGGGAUGUUUAUAUUGUAUCUGUAACACUGGCACUGAAAUAAAGACCAUGCAGUUUAAAGAGA